UCCGCCGUUCCGCGACCGCCGAGGCCGUUUUUUUUUUCUUUCUCCGAUGCGUAUUUUUCUCUUUUUUCUUUUAUUUUUCAGAAGAGAAAAGCCCUAACGCGCUCUCACUCAGCUCGGAAGCGUGCGACUUUCCAACUCAAAAAAUUCUGCAUUCGGCGGUCUGGAUCGAGCUCAAAUAAUGCAGAAUUUUUUAAUAUUUUUUGGCUAUUUUCUCUGGAAUUAGAGGCUCAUGGAGCUUCACUCCAUUUUAGGUCUUUUUAAUGCUUGUAUUUUGAAGACACCUGGACGUGCAACGUGAUCCUGUUGUCUAUUUGAAUCUGGUUGAUGGGGAAAGUUGGGAUGAAUAGCAAUAGUCCUGUAACUAGAGAGCGCGUGGAAUUAAAUUGCCAUAUUCGAGAUGAGAACAAGGAGAUUAAGGAUGGCGCUAUGGGAGAUGGCCGAGGGCUCUCAAAGGAGGAAGGUUUUCAGGUUAACGAGGACUUGCACAGCGUAAAUGAUGGGCGGCCAGAACAGCAGCUUCAAGGAUGGGAGGAGUUCUUAUCUGUCAGGUCUCUGAAGGUUCUGCUAGUGGAAAAUGAUGAUGGAACUCGCAAUGUUCUCCGCGCUUUACUGCAAAAUUGUGGCUACGAAGUAAUAGAGGCAGAUAAUGGUAUACGAGCUUGGGAAAUCUUAGAAGAUCUUACAACUCAUGUUGAUCUUAUUUUGAGUGAGGUUGUCAUGCCCAGUUUGUCAGGCAUGGAUCUCCUGACCAACAUAAUGGACCACAAAACUCGAAAGAAUAUUCCUGUAAUUAUGAUGUCGAGUCAAGAUUCAAUGAGUACAGUUAUUAAGUGUUUAUCAAAGGGCGCUGUUGACUUUUUAUUGAAGCCUAUACGAAAGAAUGAGCUUAAAAACCUAUGGCGGCAUAUCUGGAGGAAAUGCCAAAGGCAAUCUAGUGGUAGUGGAAGUGCAAGUGAUAUCGGGACUCAAAAAUCUACAAAGUCGUCAAGUUUUGAGGAGUCAGACAAGAACACUGGCAGUAAUUGUGAGGAUAACAUUGCCCUCGGAAACAUUAGUCUGACUGACAAGGAUGAAGGUGACAAUGGAAGUGGCACUGAGACCAGUCAGGUUGAUCCUUCAAGGGAUGACACUUUUGGCAAUGACGGGGUGCCUGCAUUUAAAACUAGUGAGGGUGAAGGGCAAAAUGAAGAGCUUGGUGAUGUUGUCAUGGGCAAAGACUCAGCUAUAGGGCUUCCUAGAACUUCAGUUUUGCAGCUUGAUGAACCAAAAGAAGAAGGGUUAACCAACACGACCAGCACUAAUAAAGAUGGACUUCCAGAAAUAGACUCAAAGAACGAUGAUGAACAAACAGAGAAAGGGCAACCAGAGCUCAACAAUGAAAAACCAAAUCGGGAAUUGAGAAACCAGGCUGUUGAUCUAAUGUGUGGCAUCGGUAACAGUACCACCUUUCCUCAGAUGCAAUGUAUUAUGUUUGACGUUCCAAAUGGUGUCUUCAAGCUUCCAGAGAUAAAAGCUAAGGCCAUCCAUGACAGUAAAGAAAUUCCCUCCCUUGAGCUCAGUUUAAUGACGCAGAGAGAUGUUCGAGAUGCCAGGUGCAGUGGUCAUGAUCAAAAUGUUCUGAGACAUUCAAACAAUUCAGCCUUCUCAAGGUACAAGUUUUCUACAAAUUCGAAGCAGACCCCAUCUGGGAAUAUUGGUAGCUAUUCUCCUCUCGGUAAUAGCUCAGGGGGAGCAAAUGCAAAAUCAUUUCAAAAUUCUCAAUCUAAAUCAGAUGGCACUCCUCUCUACCAGCGUCCCAAUGGCUGUAGUGAUAACGAUGACAUGGGGUCCACUACAAACAAGUUCUUUGCCAACAAAGAGACAUCUGAGGACAAUGCAGACCCCAGAUCAAUCCACUCUUCCUCUGUCUUCCAACCAGACCACAGCAGGAUUAUGUCUUAUAACCAGCUUAUAGAACAAGGUCUGGCUGAUGCUGCAGUCCAUUACACAACUUUAUUACAAGAAUGGGGAAUGAAUCAGCACGUGCAAGUGCAGCAGCAGCACCACCACCACCAUAUGCAUAACGUGCGUCUGGACCAGCACCAGCAGAUACUGAAUCACGAUGGUCUGUCACUGAAAAAUCUGGUGGCUGCAGCUCCACAGUGCGGGUCAUCCAAUGUGCAGGGUGCACCAAUGGAAGGGAAUAUUGGCAGUAACAGUUUGCAUGGGUGUGCCUUAGAAAGAAACAACAGUAUCAACGGGCAGAGUGGGGGUAGCUCUGCCAUAAAUUCUAGAGGAACUUACAUGGAAUCUGAUGAGUACAUAGCUGGAGAAGAAGAAACUAUCAGUGCAACUGAAGGUGGUAGCAAAAGUGGAGUUGAUCAAAACCGUCUUGCACAAAGAGAGGCUGCUUUGCACAAAUUCCGCCAGAAGAGGAAAGAUAGAUGCUUCGAGAAGAAGGUUAGAUACCAGAGCAGGAAAAAACUGGCGGAAGAAAGGCCCCGUGUUCGUGGACAGUUUGUUCGAGAGGUGGUAAAUGAAACCAAAGGCAACGAUGCAGAUAGCUAAAGCUUACUCAACUCAUUGCUGGUGGUUUUGUCCAUGAGAACAGGACUAGCCAUGAUGAUGCAGGAUAGGGGCAUUCAGCAUUUGGCAUUCAAAAUCUACUAGUAUGGUUAAAGACUAGAUUUACUACAGGGGGAAAACAAAAGACACAUGGAUUUAUGUUUAUUGAUUUUUGACUUGAACAAUUUCUUUUGCGAUUUUACUGCAGAAGGCAGUAAUUCUUGAUGGGGUAGCCAAAACUUGAAUACAAACAUAUGUCUAGACCGUUGUUAGUCAAAACUUGAAUUUACACCAUUA